AUGGCUGAGUCAUAUGACAAUACACCUUAUUACCAAGGUGAAAGUUACCCUCAAUAUAGCAAUUCCCCUUCUGAAGAGGCUACUGCUCCAACUGUUAUUGAACCUGAUGGUGCAGUACAGACUAGUACCUACGAAUCACCAACUGGAUAUCAGUACCCUAUUUACCAAAACCAACAAUCGCAACCACUAAUGAAUGAAGGGAGUUAUGCUGGUAGUUCAGAUUGUCCUACUGAAGUUCCGAUGCCUUUACCAGUUCCGAUCAUCUCACAAGGUCCUUCGAUUUUAGGUUACAACGAAAGCAAGUACAAUUUCGAAGCUUACAUGACGAUUGCGGAACGAGAAGCUGCUCGACGAGAAUUCAAUCGAGUUCGAUUAGGUUCCGAACAUUCAUUACCUUCAGAUUCAGGUCCCUCAGCUACGGGACCUCGGGUUCCAUUUAGACCUAGUGAAGGUGAGAUCGAAUAUAGUUUCAGAAGUUAUUAUCGUGAUACAUCUAAGGGACCUACUCGUCCAAGAUUACAACCGGGUGUAGAAAGAUUCGAUGCUAUCAGAAACGAUCCGACACUAAGUGCAGAUUACAAAAAUAUGAUAGAAGCACAACACAAAGUUACUGUCUACACCGAUUAUGAUCCUCCGGAAGUCAAGAGAAGAAAGCAAACGUAUAUACAGAAACGUAGAGAUGAAAUGUGGACUGAUACCAGAAAUACCAAUACAUCUCAAAACAAGUGA